GAAAUGGUUAAUUUUUCAUGAUAUAAAAGCCCGAAACAUCUACCCCACCAUGGUAACUCUUUAAGACCCUGCAGCAUUUAACACCCAUAUUGCCCAGAAACCAUAUUUUUAGACAAACGUGAUAUAUUUGCAUUUUCUGUUUGCUGUGCCAACAUUGGCUGUCUAAUGCAUGUAAAUUUUUAUAUUUUUUAUUUUUUAUCAAGGAUUGAUAUUAGUGAAUUCCAGAGAUAUGUGUUUACUAUAGCUUCAUGUAUUGUAAAUAAAAAAUGAUUUUAUUGGAAGUGUCCUUACUUGUUCAUUGUUGUGAAAGAAAGAAUGAGAUGCUGUAAAUUGGAAUUACUUUCAUAUUUGAGAAUUUCAAAUUUGAAAAAAAUAUUCAAUUUUCGGUGUUGUUGUUUACAAACUUAAAAAAUGAUACUUGUGUUUCUCUAUUGCAAAACAUUGUGAUCUUUUUAAAGAUAUCUUCAGGUAGUAGAAUAGUGUGAUUGUUAGAGAUCACACUUUUGCUAAAUUUAGUUCUGUGAUCAAUUUACUGUAAUUUCGGGAGCUGAGUUUAAAAUCACAAGAAAUUUUAUUUCUUUUCUUAAAGCUCUGCUAUGCUAUCAUUAUAGUAAAACGAUAAUAUUUUGGUGAUAUUUAUGGAUAUACAUGAAGAAGAAAAUAACACAAUUGUGAAUGCCACUAGUGCACCUGUAGUUUCCAUUGACCUUCCUGUUAGACUUUGGGGAUUAGAUCCUCUGCAUCGGUGUGGUAUAAAAUUGUUCAUAUCUCAACUUCACACAUUGCCACAGGUGCUUGACUUUGAAGGUGUUUAUGCAUUGUAUGGACAUCCUGUGACAAGAUUUGCAAUCGUUGGCUGCAUUGUUAGAAUUGAGCAAAAAGAAUUAUUCAUCAAAUUUGGAGUAGAUGAUGGUACUGGAGUGAUUCAGUGUUGUGUUUGGUUAAACAAGACUAUUUACGAAGAAUUGGAUUCACAUAAAUUGGGUCAACUUGUGUCAGUUUGUGGAAAAUUGAACAUAUUUCGUGGAAAGAGAGAACUUAGAGUAGACAGACUUACUUUGGAACUUGAUCCAAACUUGGAAAUAUAUCAUUGGACAGAAGUAAUAAAGUGUCGAGAGAUUUAUAAACAAAAAUUUGAUCUUCCAAAGGAGUUUCAGAACACAUCUGCAGAUCAUGAGUAAACGAAUGGAUAGUAGUAAAACCAGAACAAAAAGGAGUGCUGGGAGUAAGCCUCUUAAUAUAAAGGAAGUGAUAGAGACAUUAUCCCAUAUACUAUCUCUUCAUGGAUACAGCAAGAUUAGCCCG